AAACCAGACCAGCCUCCCAAACGGUUUCCAGAGAUGGAUUAUCUUACUUUCUUCUUCGCUAUUCUUCACGUAUACAGAGCGCUUUGUGAAGAGAUGGUUUGGGACACGACUGUUAAACUUGCUGAGAAUAUGAGCCUGGAGUGUAUAUAUUCAUCACUGGACACCUUAGUUCAGCUGGAAUGGCACAAGAUCACUACGACCAACAGAGAGCUCAUGGCCAUUUUCAGCCCUACUUACGGUUUGAGUGUAAAGCCACCCUAUACUGAGAGGGUUUACUUUUUGAAUUCCACCAUGGCGCCCAAUGAUAUGACCCUGUCCUUUCAUAACGUCUCUGAGGCUGAUGUUGGCUUCUAUUCCUGCUUUCUGCACACUUUCCCACAAGGACAUUGGGAGAAGGUGAUCCAGGUGGUUGCCUCAGAUAGCUUUGAGAUCGCUGUGCCAUCAAGGAACCACAUCGUCUCAGAACCUGGGAAAAAUGUCACACUCACCUGUCAGCUUCCACAGAAGGGGCCAAUACAGCAAGUUACAUGGGAAAAGAUCCAGCCCCAUCAGAUUGACCUCUUGACUAGCUGCAACUUGUCCCAAGGGAAAGGUUAUGCUUCAAAGUACCAAAGGCAGAUACUGAGCAACUGUAGUCUGGGCAUGACAAGCUCCUUCAUCGUCGUGCCCCACGUCAUGGCCUCUGACUCAGGGCUCUACCGCUGCUGCUUCAAGGCCAGCACAGAGGACAAUGGAACCUUGGAAACAAUCGCAAUGAGGUUGACUGUAACCGAUGGUAAAACUGAUAACCAAUACACUCUCUUUGUGGCCGGAGGGGCAGUUUCAUUGUUGCUGUUUGUUGUUCUAAUUACCACGGUCACCGUCAUUUCUUAUAAGAGGAGAAGGAGUCAGAAGAAACUAUUUAAAGACUCCUGUGAUGCACAGAAGAAGGCAGCCAACAACUACAGAAAUCCCGACUCUACCAAUCAGUCAUCGGAUGGUGCAAGAGAGGAUAUUUAUGUCAACUACCCAGCCUUCUCUCAGAGGCCAAAGACCAGAAUCUAAGCGUUUUCCUUGAGCUGAGCAGAUUUAUGAUGACUGUUUUAUAUUAUUUUUUUUCCCACUACUCAGUGCCUACCCUGAAUACUAGUUGGCUUCAUUUAUUUAGUUUGAUAGGAAAAAUACCUUCUAACCUGGAGAACAUUCUUAACAGAAUUGUUUCAGAAACCCUGAUUCUCAUUAGUAUAUACGUAAAGGGAAACUCAUUGAGUCACGUAAUGGAACAAUCCAGGGGGGAUCCAGCUUCAGACAAGAGUUAUUUUCAAAGGUUUAAAUGUCACAUCUUGGAUUAAGUAUGGGCACAAACCUGUUUCUGGGUCUCCUUUCGUGGUGUUGGAUCCACUGUAUUGGUGUUGGCCUCUUAUUCACGUGUUUCCUUGUGUUUCCAACAACUCUUGGAAAUUCAUAAUCCUUGUUUCUGCCUGGUAGAGAGUUUACUUCUCUGAUAAAGUAAAUGGAUUUGGUUAUUUAACCAUCAUUGAACAGGCAUCAAGACUGGAAAGGAUGUAAUGGCUUAAGUCAAUUAAGGGUUCAUCUCUAGAACAAGGACUGAGGCAAAAGCAUAUUACCAGGGAAUUCAGAGUAUCAUUAGAGGAGGGAGAUGGGGAGAUGUUGGCUGGUGACCAACAAAUGUGGACUGCAAGCCAUUCCCAAACAUCUCCUGUUGACCAACUGAGAAGAGAACAUGUGGACAGAUCUGGGUUAGCGCUGUCUCUCCCCACUUUAAAAUCUGCUCUAUCAGCAUAGGCCAGAAGAGUAGUUGGCAGCAGAAAUAAAUGAAUGGUCAAGAGGAAGACAAAUAGAACAUGGAAAUCUCUUCCUUUUCUAUUAUCAAAUGAAGGAAUCCCUGAUUCUGCCUGGAAUUCUUUCCACUCUCUCUGGCUUAGCUUUAUGAGCAAGUGUAGUACAUGGUCCAAUAAUAACUUCAUGUUUUUUAUAUUGAAUUUUUCUACUUUUGAGAACUAUUUUAAAUAUGUGAAGUCUCUCAAAAGAGUCAGGCAUCUAGGCAUUAUUAGUUGUUUUUCUUUUUUAAUAAUUAUGGGAAAUCUGAAUAUAAGAAAAAGAAUGUUAGUUGCAAGUGUGGUUUGGGUUGUGGUAGAAACAUGACGGGGAGGAACCUUGGAGGGCUAUAGGGAAGGAGGAACAGGGAACAAAGAAUGGGAAGAUACAGAGAGAACCCUGUCUUCCUUUACAGUUUGGCCAAAGACAACCCUAGUGAUGUCAAUACACAGUAGUUAGUGACUGUCCUGCCAUUGUCCACAUUCUAGAUGGGAUCACACAAUGAAAAGUAGUUCUUUUUUUUUUUUUUUAAAGAUUUUAUUUAUUUAUUUGACAGAGAUCACAAGUAGGCAGAGAGGCAGG